CUGGAUCAGGCCUUAGCUCUCUGUGUUGAUAGGCUACUCGUUUUUCCAAAGAGGAGGAUCUCCGCGGCUUGGGGAGAAAGGGAACAAGGGCAACUGGGUGCACUUUGUCUUUAACAGGCUCCGGGCCAAAAAUCCGCGCUUGCACGCUCGCAGGCAGCGGCGGCGUAACAAUAUCCCCACGUGACUGCCAUGAAAGCCUCUGUUCCAACCAGCCAGGCACCGAGGGAGGGAAAGAAACUUACAAGAGGUCGGAGAAGAGGCGCCGCUCGUCAUUUACGCACUAGAGAGAGAAGCCAAACCUCGGGGAUGUGAUACGAAAUUGACCAGAAAGGGCCGGGAAAGACGGAAUUGGCCACGCUUCUGCCCUCCCCUCUUUUCUCUCCACUUCUCCGCCGUUUUGCUUCGCUCUCCUGUCACUCUUCUUCCUCCUUCGAAUGCCCCCUUUCCCUCGCCGCCUCUUCCUUACUUUUGGAUGACUUUCUCCCCCACAACCCCAUCUCCCUCCCUUCUUCUCCCCGGCUGCAACUGCGCCCCGAUCUCCAAGGUAACGCCUCUCGCAGCAACAUGCCGGAGCAGAUCAGCGUCUCCGAGUUCGUGGCCGUGACUUCGGAGGAUCUCAGCUCGCCGGCGGCUUCCAGCUUCGCCUCCAAAUUGCAGAAGUGCCGGGGGGCCGUGGUGGCGCUGGAAGAGAGCCUGGAUGGAGACCAAGCCAUUCUCCAGCGGAUCAGGAAAUAUGUGAAAGCUAUUCAUGCUUCUGGGCUCACGCAUGUGGAGAACGAGGAGCAGUACAGCGAAACUCUGGAGAACUUUGGCAGCAACCACCUUUCUCAGAACAAUCACGAGCUUUCCACCGGAUUCUUGAAUCUGGCUGUCUUCACCAGGGAAGUGACAGCACUUUUCAAAAACCUGGUGCAGAAUCUGAACAAUAUUGUCUCCUUUCCUCUGGACAGCUUGCUGAAAGGGCAACUUAAAGAUAGCCGGCUGGAUUCCAAGAAGCAGAUUGAAAAGGCCUGGAAGGAUUAUGAGACCAAAGUAGCAAAGAUGGAAAAGGAGAAGGAGCGAGCCAAGAUAUCUGGAGUCAUUCAGGCCGAACCAUCGGCUGCAGAAAUCGCCGAGGACCUGCAGAAGGAGCGCCGCACUUUCCAGCUUCAGAUGUGUGAGUAUCUUCUGAAAGCCAACGAAAGCCAAAUGAAGCAAGGACCAGACUUUCUGCAGAGUCUUAUCAAGUUCUAUCAUGCACAGCACAAUUUCUUCCAAGAUGGCUGGAAGGCAUCUCAGAACCUGUACCCAUUCAUUGAGAAGCUAGCAACGUCUUUACAUGCACUUCAUCAGGUGAAGGAAGAGGAGGUCAAGCAGCUCACUCGCAUUCGUGACUCCCUCCGAGGCAUCCUGCAGCUAGAGAACAAAGGGGAAAACCUCAGCAGGAAGAACUCCGGCAGUGGCUACAGCAUCCACCAGCACCAAGGGAACAAGCAAUAUGGGACCGAGAAAUCGGGCUUUCUGCACAAGAAAAGUGAUGGGAUUCGGAAAGUGUGGCAGAAGAGGAAGUGUGGCGUGAAGUACGGAUGCCUCACUAUUUCGCACAGCACGAUAAAUCGGCCUCCCGUCAAGUUAAAUCUGUUGACCUGCCAAGUGAGGCCUCAUCCAGAGGAUAAAAAGUCCUUUGACCUUGUGACACAUAACAGGACUUACCACUUCCAAGCAGAGGAUGAGCACGAAUGUAUUGUGUGGGUGUCGGUGCUCCAGAACAGCAAGGACGAAGCACUCAGCAACGCUUUCAAGGGGGACCCAGGGGGGUGCGUGUCUUCGGCUGGCAGCAUGGCAGAUGGGGGGCUGCAAGAGCUGACCAAACUCAUCAUUGGCGAGGUGAAGAACAUGCCAGGCAACAGGCAAUGCUGUGACUGCGGAGCCCCAGAUCCCACGUGGCUCUCCACCAACCUUGGCAUUCUGACAUGCAUCGAGUGUUCAGGGAUCCACCGUGAGCUUGGGGUGCACUACUCCCGAAUCCAGUCUUUGACCCUGGAUGUGCUCAGCACUUCUGAACUGCUGCUGGCAGUCAGCAUUGGCAAUGCCAAGUUUAAUGAAGUCAUGGAGGCCACUUUGCCAGUCCCCGUUAGCCCAAAACCCUCCUCAAGCAGCGAUAUGAAUGCCCGGAAGGAAUUCAUCAUGGCCAAGUACAUGGAGCGCAAGUACGUUCACAAAGCGGCCAGGGAUGAGCCUUGCCGCCUCUGGGAAGCAAUCCGGAGCAGGGAUCUCCUGGCUCUGCUUCAGGCCUUUGCAGAGGGCCACGACCUGUCCAAACCUCUAGCCAGCCCCGAAGGCCAGGAACCAGGUGAGCGGGCUUUGCAUCUGGCAGUGCGCUAUGCCAACAAGACCUCCCUCCCACUGGUUGACUUCAUUAUUCAGAACGGGGGACAUCUGGACCGGCCCACUCCAGAUGGGAGCACAGCCCUGCAUUAUGGGGCCCAGUAUAAUCAGCCCAACUGCAUCAAGCUCCUGCUGAAGGGGAAAGCUUCUACAAACGCAGUAAAUGCAGCUGGCGAAACCCCUCUGGAUGUGGCGAGGAGGUACAAGCAUACCGAGUGUGAAGACUUGCUGGAGCAAGCCCAGGCGGGGAAAUUGGCUCCCCAGAUACACUUGGACUAUGACUGGGAAACCCCUCAGGAGUUUUCUUACGACAGUGAAGAUGAGCUGGACGAGAAGGUGAGCCCACUGCAGCGGUCUUUUGGGUCUUCAUCGUCUCCGACCACAGGCCAGCCUGCCCUCUUCCCUCCAAACAGGUGGAGUUGCACAGGUAUAGACAUCAGCAACAAGACCUACGAGACCAUCCUGGUCCCCUCACGGCCUGGCCUGCGAAGCUCAAAGAGUGAGGAGACCCCACCGCCGCUCCCAGUCAAAAACCCCACCAGAGGGAGUUCCAAGACAAAACCAGGGCAGAGUGCUUUGGACACCUCAGAGUCCUUGCCUCAGUCGCCAGAUGUCCCUGAGGGGCGGCACUUGUCCACUUCCAGCGCUCCUGGAGUGCCAGAUGGUGGCAUGUCCCGGCAGCCGCCGAGCUUCCGCAAUUCUGCGGAAGUCAAAGGCACAGCCUACUGGGAAACCUGCUCCGAAAUGGAAAGCGGAUCCCUGCGCAGAAGAUCGGACCCCAGUCAGGCGACAGUGCUACAGCCUUCUCCUGGGACCUCUCCAGAACAAGGACAAGCCAACCCAGUCAAGUUCAGCUCUGAGAGCACCCGAUCCUAUCGGCGGAUCAGUAGUGGCUCGGUGGGCAAGUUGCCUGGCACGCCACUUUCCCCUCAGAGCUCUGGUUGCCCAGAAGAUCUGUCUUCCCAUAAGUCUCCGUUGCUGGCUCAGACGCCUCCCCCUGUGCCGAUGCCAAGGAGGUUUGCUCCGGCUAAGGGACGGCCGAAGAGAGUCAUGGCCUUGGUUGACUGCAAGGGGGACAAGGCUCGGGAGCUGACUUUCUCCAAGGGUGAAGUGAUCGUGGUGACGCGGGAAGAGGAUGAUCAAAGUUGGAUUGGUUUCAUUGAAGGUGAUGGCACAAGAACGGGAGUUUUCCCCUCCAGCUUUGUCCACCCAUUGCAAGACUGAUAGGACCAUUUUGUUCACGUUCCAGCUGCAGAGAUGAGUCUGCCUGAGCUGCUUUGCAGACCUAAGGCGGACUCGCCCCAUCUCCUUUGAGCCUGCUCUUCUACAUAGGAUGCCACCUGCACAAUCACUUCCUUGAUCAUAUCCUUGGGAAGAAGCCAUUGGCUUUGGCUUGGCUACUGUUUUCGUUGCUGUUGUUAAGCAGGACCAGGAGAAAGGACGGGAGCUCUGCCGAUGUUGCUUGGUUGACUUUUUCUGGCUUCUUUUUGCGGCCUUAUCUUCUUGUUGGCUGUUGGAAGCUCCAUCUCCAAGUCAUCUCUGCCACCGUUUGAUUUUCUCGCUCGAGACCAAAUGUACACUUGGGUGGGGUUCAGACGCCUAGUGCAGUGUUUGGCUUCGUAGCAAUCUUGGCUUCUGUUAUGACAGUCACGAGGGACGAGCCCUGCUUCUAAAAGAAAUCUGAAAACAUGCAGCAAAUGCAUAUAUGCUGGAGACUUGGAAAACCAAGCCAGGCCUUGGGCAGGGCUUCAUAAAGGGCAGAGCUGCUGCACAUCCUGCCCCGGUCCCAUGAGGAUUCACGUCUCCCUUCCCCCAGAGGAGGUCAAAAACUCUACCCUCAUGGAUCCGUUUCUGCAUCUCUUCAUCCAGUGCAGAGUAUCUUCACAUCUGCUCUCUGCAGAGGAUUCUGGGAGCCUUGGUUGGUCCCAACUGGCCUAGUCAGUUGAGAGUGCCCUUUAGGGGAAGGGCUGCAGCUCAGUGGUAGAGCACCUGCUUUUCAUGCGUAAAGUCCCAGGUUCAAUUCCCGACGGCAUCUCCAGGAGGGGAUGAAGAAGGCUCCUGCCCGAAGCCCUGGAGCGCUGCUGCCAAUCAGUGUCAACCAUGCUGAGCAAGAUGGGCCAAUGGUCUGACUUUGCAUAAAGCAGGUUCCUAUGUGGCUAUAUCUGUUAGGCACCAGGUGUGUGCUGCUGGAGAAGUUGGAUAAUGGUGUGCAAACUCCAGGGCUUGCCUCCGCUGUUCAGCAAAGCUGAGCCAAGAUGCUUUGGGCGACAGAAUUCAGGCACCUUUCAAGGGCUGCAUCCUGCCAGGACAGCCACAGCUUUUCCAUGUCCCAUGGAAGUCACCGCCCUCCAAAUGAAGAAGAUUGAUGAAGGGCAGAACUCAUGUCUGAUAAAGCAAAGCUUUUCAGAGCGUUGGGCACUAGUGGGAAGUGGGGCCAUUUGUAGCUCUUCUUCAGGUUGCAAAAUGUCUUGGGGCCCCUAUGGACUAGGCUGUCUGCCGUUAUCACUCACAGAAUCAUAGAAUGUUUUAAGUCGGAAGGUCCUUAGAGGUCCAACCUCCUGCACACUGCAGGAAUCUUGCAACUGCAGCAUCCCUGACAGAAGCUGGUUGCACCUCUGCUUAAAUACCUUCAUCAAAGGAAAGACCACCACCUCAUGAGGCUGUCUGUUCCUCUGUCGAACAGUUCUAGCCAUUAGGACAUGUCUCCUAUUAGGCAAAAUCUGUUUCCUUGUGACUUCCACUCUACUCUACUCCUGGAGUAACAGAGAACAAACUGAUUUUCUACAUUAUGGAGCUUCUGAUAACUUCCUGUGGAAUCUGUGAGUUCUGUAGAGUAAUGUUUUGAAACCACUGCUACUCACAACUUGGAAGCUUUUCAGGCUGAAUCCAAACUUGUGACAGUGGGACCUUGACUUAUGAGCUACUCGACACCCGGCGUUUUCGACUUACGAGCGGAAAAAGUGGCCGCAUGCUUACGAUUUUUUCGACAUCCGAACUGAAAACCCGUUUGCGGCUAGAUGCGGUUUCCUCGACUUACGAGUUUUUCCAUUUCCAAUGCAUUCCUAUGGGAAACCGCUUUUCCUAUGGGAAACUCGACUUACAAAGUUUUCGACCUACGAGUGUGCAUUCGGAACGGAGUAAAUUCGUAAGUCGAGGUCCCACUGUAUUUGGAUUUGGGCACCAGCCACCACUAGGAAGGCAGGGAGGCCAACAGCAGGCGGACCUAGAGCCAAGGACAGAUGCAGACAAGUAAUUCUAGUUUUCUCCCUGUCCUGUUCCCUGCUGAGUUGUACAGGGGCUGUGGAGGAGGCUGGGAGCCAGGACUGGUUGUCAUUAAGAAGACAGGCCAGUGUGGGCUGGCUGAGAGCAGACGGAGGUUGGUAGGGCAGUAUGCCAUAAGAUCCAGCCCAAUAUUUUUAGAACAGCUCAGCCAGUUUGGAAAGUGCCCUUGUCCCAUUUUUGAUCUCUCCUGCCAAGCUAGGAGAAAACCAAUUCUGCAAGUCUGCAGCAUGGUUAAAUUUUGAACAAAAAGGAAAGCAGCUGUGGGAGUUGCCAAAUUGGCAAUUCUCCCCGACAAUGAAAUCCCUCCCCAAAUCCCACAAUUAGGAUUGCAACUGUUUUUAAAAAUGUUACUUUAAAAAAUGGAAUGUGAACACACCACUUCAAAUGUUCUAAUAGGUGGAUAGCCCGUCAGAAAGAUGAGUAGAUGUCUGAACCUGUGGGGUCGUCUUGCUGGUAGGUAUAUCUGCUGUGGAAAUAGCAAAUCCAGUCUGGCUCUCAUGGGUGAAGAACUCACUGUGACUGCCCACAUCCGUCCUCGCCUUCAAAUGCUCCAGUCUGGUUUGACCAGUUUUAAAGAGAAGCAAUAUUGCCAUACAUGCUCUGUCCCUUUCCCCAGGGUGCGAAAAGUUCAGGGCAAUCUUUAAACAGUUGGUUCUUUUCCGCAGUGAGCACCCUGCAGAUUUCUUUGCAAAGGAUGAAUGAAUAAUGUGGAUGCAUCAGCCAGCGAAAGCUUUGCUGGUUCCAAAACGGAAUCAAACCAGGCCCCAGAUGUAAGAUGACUUAAACAAGCAAUGCUGUUUUAAGGUGCUUUUUCAGCACCAAGAACAACCAGAGCUAAAUUUUUUUUUUGCUCAGCUACCAGCUGUAGAUGAGUAGCUUGGUGGGGAGAGCAUCUGCUUUGCAUGCAGAAGGUGGUCUCGAUCCCUGGCAUCUCCAGGCACAGAUAGGAAAGAUUCCCUACCUUAAACCCUGGCGAGCUGCUACCAGAUAAUAAACAAUCCAUCUAGCUUGGUUUUUAUCUGGCUCAGUAUAAGGGAGGCUUUUAUGUUCCUUUUAAGUAAAGCCUCGUACAUUGGGCAGAAAGUCUACUAGCAUAGUAAGUAUUGUUCUCUCAGCCAACUUCAGCCUACAUUCUCCAGGAAGAAGGGACGUGGGGACAAGGGGCAUUAUGCAGUUUGCUGUGUUCAUGUCUUUCUGCUUCGUUGUCAUGUGCCCGACAGUCCUGUGGAACUCACUGACACAGAAUAUGGUAGGACUAAUAGGUCAAUUAAUGCCUGUUUCACUUUGUGCAGUUCCUGACCAAAUACACGAAUGGAAUAAGCAUUGAGGUGACUGGAUGGGACAAACAGGAAACUCCCAUUUUCAUUCUCAAACCUGGAUUUGUGUGUGUAUUCUGUGCACAGAAUCUGGCUUCUGGCACAAAGUAUGCCUACCUAAUUAUCUCAGAUCUUCCUCUACUUCUCUAAAAGUUAGGAUUCUAAUUGUCUCAAAGACAAAAGAGAGAGAGAGAGAGGGUGAUAUAAAGGGGGGCUGCAACAAAACGUUGCAAUACAAAGUGCUUGUUCAUGAUUCCAGCCGCUGGCAUAGCAAUCCUUGUACUCUAUCCCAAGUCAUUCCUUGCUGCCCAGCAGCCCUUUAAGAUCACUCUGUAAAUAUGUAAUUAUUGUGUAGUACAGGAGUUGCCAACCUUUUUGGGUCAGUGGCCCACAUUUAGAACUUUU